AAUCUAAUGCAAUAUAAGAUACAUUGUAAUAUAUUUUUACAUCGCUGCUGCAUAUUACGAAACAAAAGCAUGUAUUGAAUGCUUUGUAUUGCAUAUAUUGAAUGCUCUUUCAACCUUACAUUAUGUGAAUUUCCUGCACAUCAUUUCCUGUUUCCUAUUGCACAACUAGUUCUAGAGAUUUCAUUGGCUAUAAAAUCAUUAUAAUUCAAUUCGUCGUACGUAGGUAGUAAUAGAGUAUAAAUAGUUGCAAACAUUUAUUGAAACUUUACUUGCAUUUUUCUAUCGUCAUAACCGAGGUGGCAACGAUUUCAAGUGUUUCCAUACCUGCGUAUUGCAUUGCUAAGUUGUUAUUGUUCAUGUUAGUUUUAUUUUAAUAAAAGUAAUAAACAAGAUGACAACUGAUCCAGCCAAAUCGAUUCCUGCGUUUUACGCUGGACAAAGUAUAUUUCUAACAGGUGCAACAGGAUUUCUGGGUAAGGUGUUUAUCGAAAAAGUGUUACGAUCUUGUCCAGAUGUUCGCGAAAUAUUUCUGUUGAUGCGUCCAAAAAAAGGAUUAAAUAUUAAUGAAAGGCUCGAAGAAAUAUUAAACUUGCCGUUAUUUGACAAAUUGCGCGAUGAGCAACCUUCGAAUUUCGAGAAAUUAGUUCCAAUUUUUGGCGAUGUCACAGAGAAGGGAUUAGGUUUGUCGGCUGCGGACAGACAAAUGCUGAUUGAAAGAGUGUCUAUAAUAACACAUGGAGCGGCAAGUGUGAGAUUUAAUGACACUUUAAAAUACGCCAUAUUUGCCAAUACUAGAGCAACGAGAGAUAUCUGUAUUCUAGCUCAAAGUAUGAAGAAUUUAAAAGCAUUAGUAUAUGUCAGUACAGCAUUCGCAAACGUGAAUAAUCCAUUCAUUGAAGAAAAAGUGUACCCACCUAUAGCUGAUUGGCGAAAAAUAAUAAAUGUGGCCGAAUCAUUGGAUGAGCAUACUUUGAACAUUUUUACAGCUAAAUAUUUGGAUUACGCUCCCAACACGUAUAUUUUUUCGAAGAACCUAGCGGAAAGUGUAAUACAAGAUUAUUCUUUUUCCAUACCUUGCGCGAUUGUGAGACCUUCUAUGGUGUUAUCAUCGAUAGAAGAACCAAUGCCAGGAUGGAUAGAUAACGUUUAUGGGCCAAUAGGUCUUUUUAUUGGUGGCGGAAAAGGAAUAGUACGAGUAGGCUAUUGUAAUAAAUAUCUGAAUGAAGAUGUAGUUCCAGUAGAUAUUGUCAUCAAAGCUAUAUUAAUCGUAUCUUGGAAGAUUGGAUUGACCACCUUUACAGCAGGUUUCACUUUCGUUUUAAAUUGUACAAACCAGAGACCUAUGUCACAUCAAAAUGUUAUGAAGUUGUUAAGUACUAUAUUAACUGAAGUGCCUUUUGAAGGAAUUGUCUGGACUAUUAACCAAACAAUAACUGAUAAUUUUACUCUGUACUAUAUAUUGACUAUAUUAUUGCAUAUGCUACCAGCUAUGUUAAUAGAUCUGAUUUUAAAUUUCUCUGGACGUCGACCUAUUCUAGUACGGCUGCAGAGAAAAGUGUACGUGAUUAAUCGUGCUUUGGGAUAUUAUGGAUGUAAUGAAUGGAAAUUCAGCAAUGUAAAUAGUUUGGCUCUGAUGUCCUCAAUAUCACCUGAUGACUGGAAUACGUUUUCUUUCAAUUAUUCUAAUUGCGAUUUGAAGGCGUACGCAAAAAAUUGCAUCAUUGGUAGCAAAAAAUUUCUUCUUCACGAAGACAUAAAUCGAUUGGAUGCAGCCAGAGCACACAGGAAAAGAGUACAUCUGUUCGUUAAAAUGGUGAAGAGUAUGGUCUCUAUCGGAGUACUGUGGUUGAUACAUAAAUGGAUCUAUUGUUAAACAUUAUAAAUUAUAAAAUUGCUGAUUUACGCAUAUUGCAUGUAUGACAAUCUAUAAUUUAUGAUACUAGCUUAGCAUCUUUCAAUCAAAUCUUUGUAUUUUUAUUUAGAUAAAAAAUUCUUAUUGUACAUUAUAAAAAAAUUGGCGAUAAUUUCGCUAUUAAA